AUGUUUACAGGUCCUGCGAGAAGUAUAAACGAAAAAGAGUUUUGCGAGGAGUACAGAAGAGCUGAUAAAAAGUUCAAUGACAGCCCUAACUACUCUACAGCUGAGAGCCUUCUCAGACUUAAUUCUGAAGACUACAUGGCGUACUACAUCCUCAGAAGUACUCUUACGAUCAUGAACCACUCCUCACAGAUCUCUCUAACCGAAGAAAUCAUAGACAGAAAUCCCAGCUCGUACUGCGCAUGGAUGCACAGGAUGUACCUCAUGAAAAGAGUAGAUCUGAUGAGCGGGUCAGGUGACACUGUGCAGUCUAGCGACAUAUCCUUUCUUCAUAAAGUUCUGCAGACUGACAAUAGAAACAUCCAUGCAUGGACAUACAUUUCAGCUGUCUACAGAUUCUCUAGAAAAAUAGUGAAAAAUGAAAUAUCUAAAUCCAUCUCCAACUACAGCGCAUAUUUCGCAGCAAUCGAGAACGGCAUGUACGAAAGCAUAGAAGAAAGCGAUCUCAAGAAUAUUAUAUUCACAGACCCCGAUAUUUCAUCUCCCUGGGUGUUCAUACGCAUGAAAGAAGAAGUCAGAAGAAUGAACGGGAAGAACGCCUACGUAAAGAAGUACAGCAACAGACUGAACAUUUUCCUAAAGGUCCCAGGGCGCACAAAGGUAAAAAUCGUCUACAACGGAAAGACAGUGGUGUACACAGCUGACUUUAAAAAGUCUUUUUCAAUAUACUUCAACAAAAAAGAAGAGUUUGAGUUUGGAGCAAUUGAAAGCAUAAAAAUAAAAACAAAAACGAUGGAAGACGUAGAGAUAAACCUAAAGAAAGAAGUGCCUGUUGAGACACCAGCUGUCGUUGAUGCGAUACUAGAAAAGUAUCCAACAGUGCAAGGAUACAUCACUAAACUAUUUUUUACAGCAGAUGAAGAGAAAAGAGAGGUGAUAAUAAAAACAGCAGUAAAGCUAGAGCCAAAAAGAGAACAAAUAUUCUCAGAUCUAAGAGAGGGAUUUAGUAUCUAUGGGUGCAUGUAG